GUAUUACAUCACACACCCCAUGAGAAGGCAAAACAAGUGAGCUUCCUCUCAACCAAAUGUAGUAGCUUUUUCCAUGUCCCAAUAAUUAUCAUACACUCUUUGAAUCCUCUCUCUCUCUCUCUCUCUCUCUCUCUCUCUCUCAUCAUCUCUUCGAUCUCAGGUUCUCCUUGGGAAUGAGUGAGUGAAAGGGAUGGGGAGGACUCUGAUCAACUAACUACAUGCUCACCUCCAUCUUCCUCUUUUUACAUAUCUCCAUUCUGGAGCUCACUCCUUUAGCUGCUCGACUGCUUCUGCAGCUGAUUCACAUUGUGUUAAAUGAUUCAUGGCGCUUGGUCUGGCCAAGCUUCUAGCUUUGGUGCUCCCAAGUCUUCUCUCCUCUGGCCUCAAGCUUUAAUAGUAUUCAUGGCGUCAGCGUUGCACGGCAGCCAUUAGCUUCUCGAGCAAUUUGGUGUUCUCUUGUAUCUUUCUUUGAUCCCCCUUAAAAAUCUCGUCUUUUCGCCGUUCUGAUGCUUUUCUUCCUUGUGUCGUUCUUCCCCUUCGUCCUCCUCCUCUCCAAGUCCCUUCCCCUGGAGCCCCUGCCUCAAUGGGCAAGUGAGACGAGACUGGUCUCCAUCUUGUUGUUCCAGGAAGUGCUAUCUUUUCUGGCGCCUUUGCUCGAGAGGUGUAGACCAGUUCGUGCAGGAAAUCUUACCCUCCCAUCGUCGUUGAUGUCUCCCGGGAAGGGGCGAACCCACAGAGUGGAGAAUGUAGAGGAGCUGGCGGAGAUGUCGGUCUUGGAUUUGCCGGAGCUGGCCUUGGACUGCAUUCUCGGGCGGUUGUCGCCUGCCGGAUUGUGUAACAUGGCAGCUGUCUGUAGCUCGUUGAAAGAGAGGUGCAGGAGUGACCAUCUCUGGGAGAAGCACAUGAAGGAGAAAUGGGGGAGAGUGAUCGGCAAUGCGGCGCGCAGGGAGUGGAAGUUGUAUUUAGCUUCGACAAGGGACUCUGCAGUUGGUGCCGCAGACAUCAACAGGAGCAAGAAGUGGAACGGGGUGCUCUCUUGUUUGUGGCCUAUUUCUUGGCUCAAUUUUAGGAUUGACAGUGGCAACAAGCACAAGAGCCCUUUGCCUGAUGACUCCAUCAUGUCUUGGUAUCGAUCACUCGAGAGCGGCAAAUUAUGGUUCCCAGCUCAGGUUUACAAUCGUGAGCAUGGGCAUGUCGGGUUUAUGUUAUCUUGCUAUGAUGCUGAAGUUAGUUAUGACUGCAGCACAGACACUUUUCAUGCAAGGUACCCACCACAUGGACGAAGAAUGAUGAUCAUGGAGGAGGGAGUGCAGUGGGACAGGCUAAGAGCACCUCCUGUUAAUACUCCUGCUUAUGAUCUUCAUAUCUCAGACUGCUUGAGUGAUUUACGCGCAGGUGAUCAUAUCGAGAUUCAGUGGAGAAGAAACAAGGAGUUCCCUUAUGGCUGGUGGUAUGGAGUCAUAGGUCACUUGGAAUCUUGUGAUGGAAAUGAGCUCCUCUGCCAUUGUCAUCUGAGUGAUACUGUUAUCUUAGAAUUCAACCAGUACACACCUGGUUCAAGGUGGAGACGAGCAUCAAUUAACCGAAAGGCUCACAGGGAAGAAGGUAAUGAAACAGAUGGAUUUUAUGGGGGAAUCAGAAAACUCCAAAGCAAAGAUGAAAUCUCCAAGUGGAGGCAGCUUUGGCCAAAAGAUGUUUUGGUAUAGAAUUUAUCGAGUCCUGCUGAAGUAUCGGUUCCUGCGUGCCUAACUCGCAACCAAGAACUCUUAUGUCCUGCUCCAGAUCUAUCAACCACAUGAAACUUGUUUGGCAUUGAAGUUGUUUCUGAACUCACAAUGAUGACAGAUGAAUUAGUAGCCAGAUAGGUAUAUUUUUAUUUCGCUGAUGGGAAUCCACAGCUAAUUCAUGUAACUCUAGGCGCACAUUUUAGAACAUAAGCAAUUAAAUGUAGAUUACAUAAUUAGACUUCA